AUGAAACAAGAGGAUCAAAGAUAGCCAAAUAAGGUCAUCAAUCGAGUAGCAGCAAUUCAAGAAGCUCUAGUCUUUACAGUAGUCAUAGUUCUGGAUCCAAUAAAGAUUUGCAAAAAAUUGUAGGUAUAAAGAGAAGAAUUUCAAAGAACAUAGAAUUUUCAUUAAAAAGAUGGAAGUAAGCCAAACAUGAAUGAUCCAAAUGUUGAUUCUUUUGAAAAAUGGAAAGCGAAGGAAGAAUUGUUCCAUUUAGAGCAGGCAAUCCUAAGAUCUAAACUUAGGAUUUAAAGCAAUAGAGAGUAGCCAAUAGAUUUUUUAGCUAAAAUUAUUCUAAUCAUUGAGAAUAAACUUCCUAUUUGUAUAGACUUCUUAAGUGAAGACUAUAAGGAAUCUUACAGAAUGCUUGAUAUGCUUGGUCUCAAUGAACUAGAGGAGCUAUUAAAAGAGAUUGAAAUCUUUUAAAGCAUUGAUAAAACUAAUCAAAGAUUUUAGAACUACUGGCAGGCAUCUAAGAUUUUGUGUGAAAUGUAAUAUGGCCUAAAGAAAAAGCAAAUGCUAAAAGAAUAAUCAGAUGAGCCCCUUCUUGAAGAUGCUAAUGAUAAACUAGUAAACAAUGAAGAGUUAGAUUAAGAGGCAAAUGAAAUGAUUAAUGAUAAGUCAAUAGAUGAAUUAAUUGAUCUUCAUAAGGAGAUUUAAACAUCUCUGACUAAUGAUAGAAGCUUUGCAAUUGAAAUGUAGUAUUGGUAAAAUCUCCUCAAAAGAAUAAAGAUAAAACUAGCUCAGCUCAAUAUACAAAAAAUAUAUUAAGAUUAUGUGGACUAAAAUAGGGAUAAAGUAGAAAAUGAAGUUAAAGUUCUUUAGGAAGCAAAAGUUUAAAGUUAGUAAAAGACUAAGGAAAAAUCUUACCAGUAGCCUUUCACAUCACUGACAAUAGAUAAUAUUCAAAAACCCCAAACUUCAACAAAAUAAAAUUCCACAUAAAUGCAGAUAAAUACUCAACUAAAGACAGACAAAAAAGAUCAUGUUUAUAAUGAUGGUGAAUUAUCACCAGCUCUUAUACCCUUUGAGGAUGCAGGAUUUUUAAAGUCAAUCGCGAUAACAGAUGAGUAGGAUGCAGAGGAACAAGAAAAGUUGAAGAGAGAUUUCAUUAAUAAGCAGAUUAAGAAAUUAAGUUUGGAAUCCGACAAGGUGGAUUAGGAUUUACUUUUACCAUCAGAAAGAGUUAAGAAGACUGCAUUGAAUACUUUAGUUAGGUUUGAUAUUGAUGCAAAGGGUUAUGAAACAACCUCAAAUGCAAUGUAUGAUGAAAUAAGAAGAAAAGGAUUAGGUGUUGAUGAAGUUGAGUUUACAGAUAUUGUAAGUCACGAUUUCGACAAAAAGAUAAAGUAUGACUGGGAAGAUAAAUAUAAGCCUAGAAAGCCUAAAUUCUUUAAUAGUGUAUUAACUGGAUAUGAGUGGAACAAGUACAACCAGACUCAUUAUGAUGCUGACAAUCCUCCUCCUAAGAUCGUUUAAGGUUAUAAGUUCAAUAUAUUCUAUCCGGAUCUUAUUGAUAAGACUAAGACUCCUCAGAAUUACCUAGAACAAUCAGACUCACCAGAUACCCUAAUAAUAAGAUUUCAUGCUGGACCUCCUUAUGAAGAUAUUGCUUUCAAGAUCAUCAACAGAGAGUGGGAAAUGUCAGAGAGACAUGGAUUUAGAAAUGUAUUUGAUAGAGGCGUCCUUCAACUGUAUUUCAAUUUUAAGAAACACAGAUAUAGGAGAUGA